AUGGCAUGCUCUCCUGGAGGCACAUCUUCUCCCGGAUACCGAAAAGUCAUUCGCCAUGCCCGAGGAACACACCCAGGCAAGCAGUGUCGUGGAGAGGGACCAGACAAUAUUGACUCUGGAAAACCUCGUGAGACGCGUGUGACACUUGACACAGCCGUUGAAACCGAAGGCCUCAACUUCUCUCUCGGACAGUGGCGGCUGAUUGCGCUUUCUCGAGCACUUCUUUGUAACACGCCUAUCGUGCUGGUGGACGAAGGGACGAGCAGCGUUGAUCCUGAGACCGAUGCACUCAUGCAAGAGACACUAGCGACUGGUUUGGGAGGUAAGACGCUUAUUGCUAUUGCGCAUCGUCUUCGUACCGUGUUACAUUACGAUCGGGUGUGUCAUGGAUAA